AGGAAAAAGAUGACAUUAAGUCGGAGGAAUUACCUCAAGAGCUUGCUGUUACAGAUUGGUCAAUCCAUGUUGGAUGAGGCGGUUGAACAGGCCCAAGAAGAGAAGAACAGAUAUAUGGAGGAAAACUGCCCUGCUCUCUCUCUCCCUGACUGCUUGGAGGAGUUGCAGGAGCUCUGUCGAAAACUUCACAAGCAGAUUGAUCUGGUAGAUGAUGAAAGGUACGACAUGGAUAUGAAAGUGAAGACAUCUGAAAACGAGAUCAAUGACCUGAAGUUAAAGGUACAGGACCUUAACGGAAAGUUUAAAAAGCCGGCUUUGAGGAAAGUGCGAAUGUCAGCUGAUGCCAUGCUGGCUGCUUUGCUGGGUUCCAAGCACAAAGUGUCCAUGGACCUGAGAGCAAACCUGAAGCAGGUCAAGAAGGAGGUGAAGGAUGAGGAAAAACAAACUGGUGACUGGAGAAAGAAAAUUGAGGACAAAGCCGGGAUGGAUGGCAGAAAGAAGAUGUUUGAAACAGAAGCCUAAACUCCAGUGUAUUCAGUUGGCGUUGAGCAGCAGCAUUUCAGUAUUGCCAACAAUCUUGUAUACUAUAAAUUACACAAUGAUUGCAAUAAAAGACACACAAGCUAAAACAGCAAAUGAGACUACAGCUAGUGGAAACAAAAUAUAAUAGUUCUAUAGUAGUUCCAUAAUGAUAAAUUUACUGUGCAUCUCUUUAUUCCACAACCUGUCAGAAAACAUAUUUGCAAUCAUAUUUUCACAUGCAAUAUUUUGAGUUUGAAACAAGGGUAAAUGUGAAAGCAACUUAAUAACUUGCCCAUGAUUGCAGUUUUGAGUAAUGAACCAGGCUGGGAGUUUUUAAAAGCCUCACGAAUCUUUCGCAGGGGUUUUGAGUUAAUUCCUUGAUUCAAAUGAUUAGGUUGGUAGCUUCUUGAGAGUACCUUUUCAUGAUAUGCUAAUUUUUUUUAGAUUUUUGGUUUUUCUUGACUUUUUUGCCAAAAUCAUCAAUAUUAGAACAA